AGAGUUAAAAGUGUCCAGGUGUUAGCUAGGAGACAGGGAGGGUACAGAGAAAUUGGGGCCAGAGGAUCUGAAGUCGGCAGUACGAGGCCCGUGGCAGAUUCCGUAAUUUAAGAAACUUAUGAGCCUCUUUUCCUAUCCCCUUCGACACAGUCUCAACUAGUCUCCUCCCUCUCGCAGCUCCCACAAGAUAUCUACGAAACCGGAUUCCAGGAGCUGUGGCCUACCGCAACCAGCCUAUGCGAAGGUAGUUGCUAAUGGUCAAUGUGGCUACUAGAUUCCGUAGGAGUCAUUUCUUGAAGCCAAGAACAUAAUGCCUUCAAUAUUCUGCUAGGAGCCUAGGAGCGUAGGAGCUUCUUGACAUCCGCUUAAUUUAUUGCAAUAGUGACCUUUUGGGGUUGGGACCUCAUCAUCACAUUAGGAUCACUGUAAGUGGGUACAUAAGGGAAGAAGUGCAACUCCCAUUUAAGAGUUGUGAUUGGAUUUGACUGUUUGAGUACACAUGGAAGUUCAAAAACCUUCGAAUGAUGCAAUGAAGCACCUACCUUUAACUCCACUUAGAGCAAUUAGAGGUGUUGUGUGCUUACUUGUACUUGUUUCGACUGCAUUUAUGAUGUUAAUGUAUUUUGGCUUUUUGGGUGCUGUUAUAAUUAGACUUUUCAGCAUACAUUACAGUAGAAGAGUUACUUCCUUCUUCUUUGGUGCUUGGCUAGCUUUGUGGCCUUUUCUUUUUGAAAAGAUAAACAAGACAAAAGUUAUAUUUUCUGGAGAAACUGUUCCUGACGGUGAACGCAUUUUACUUAUUUCAAACCAUAGAACUGAGGUUGACUGGAUGUACUUGUGGGACUUGGCAUUGCGAAAGGGACGCCAGGGAUACAUAAAGUAUAUCCUUAAAAGCAGUUUAAUGAAACUGCCUUUAUUUGGUUGGUCAUUUCACAUAUUGGAGUUCAUCUCUGUGGAGAGGAAGUGGGAGGUCGAUGAAUUAAACAUGCGCCGAAUGCUUUCAAGUCUGAAGGAUCCCCAAGAUUCCCUCUGGCUUGCACUUUUCCCAGAAGGAACAGAUUUCACUGAGCAGAAGUGCAUACGUAGUCAGAAAUAUGCUGCUGAAAAUGGCUUACCAGUUCUAAAGCAUGUCUUGCUUCCAAAAACAAAGGGUUUCAGUGCCUGUUUAGAAGAAUUGAGGGGAUCUUUGGAUGCAGUUUAUGAUGUGACUAUUGGCUACAAGCCUAGCUGCCCAACUUUCUUUGACAAUGCUUCUGGUGUGAACCCUUCUGAAGUUCAUAUGCACGUCCAGCGUAUCCCCCUAGACAAUAUUCCAACAUCUGAAGACGAGGUUACAACUUGGUUAAUGAACAGAUUUCAUCUCAAGGACCAGUUGCUUUCCGAUUUUGAUUCGCAAGGCCAUUUUCCCCAUGAAGGAUCAGAAGGUGACCUUUCUACUUUGAGGUGCCUUGUAAAUCUUGUAGCAGUAAUUGUCUUGACCGGAACAUGCGCUUACUUUACCAUUUUCUCGUCCAUCUGGUUUAAAAUAUAUGUAUCUUUGGUAUGUGCGUAUCUCACGGCCGCAACCAUUUUCAAUAUUCGACCGUUGCCACUUGUUAGCCUUGUGAAAGCUUGGUUUAAGUGCAAAUCAUCUUAGUACUCAGGGAGUGUCAACAGGUUCUAGGUUUGAGCUUUAAUGAUUGUAAUUCUUAAGUGGGUCUCAAUCCCAUACAUACACAACAAAAAUUUCAUAAUUGAGGACAGUCCUUGAAACAGAUGAUUCUACAGUUUUAGAAUGCCAGAAGUAAUUUCCUUCA